AUGGCGGCUAAAGAGUUUAAUAAACGAUUCGAGGAGCAUUCCGUCUGCAGCGUGAUUAAAGAGAGCGGAGAGAACGACGAGGAUGGUCAAGACACACUAUCCAUAUCAUCAUCAGCGUCCAGUUACACAGACUGCUCAGAUGAACUUGAGCCCGAGUGGCUGGACGAAGUUCAGAAGAACGGCGAGCUCUUCUAUCUGGAGCUGAGUGAAGGUGAGGAGGAAUGCCUACUUGCCCAGACCACCACCACUCACUCUGUCACCACCAAUCAUGUGCGCUUCAGUGAAAAAGAGGCGGAGAUCAUCAGUGAUGAAGGCGUAAAUAAACGUACAGUCUCCAACAGGAAAUCAGAACCAAAACUCAAGAGGCUUGCCAAGAUUCUGAGACGUAAACGACGUCCAUCUCAUAGUAGCAGGACAGAUGGGAAAGGUGACGGGUCUUCUCAGCGGCCUACCUCUAUAUUGAAAAACCAGAACGGGCAUCGGACAGGACUGGUGGUGCAACAGCCGUAUCUGAAGGAUGUGUGUGUCUAUGUAAACCCUAAACGUUUGGGCACUAUGUCACCUUACCCCUCAGAGAGAGGAGGCUUGCUGGAAGCCUUGUUGGGAGUAGUCCUCCAGGGAGGGGAUGAUAUGAGCCGUCAGGGGGAAAGACUCGUCAUCCAUGGGCUGGUACCCAACAGUCCCGCUAGCAAGUGUGCACAGAUUUUAAUAGGUGAUGUCCUUAUUGCUGUUGAUGAUGUGGACGUUACAUCAGAGAAUAUUGAAAGAGUGCUGUCAUGUAUUUCUGGCCCAACUCAGGUGCAGUUGACUCUGGAAACUGGCAUUCAGGGAAGUGCUGACCAGGUGAUGUCCAGGCCAAGAAAUACAGCCCCUGUCAGUCAGCUGGUGCGCCUCCUGUGGGGGGAGGAUUCGACAGAGCUGCAGAUGAGUGUAGCGCAUAUCCCUCACAUCGUCAUGUACCUGUCACUCAAACUGGACUCAGAGUCGCCUCAGGAUGAGCAGGAGAUCCUGUAUCAGUACCCACUUUCUGAAGCAGCUGCACAGUUAAAGGGAGUGAGAGGAAUUUUCCUCACCUUGUCUGAUAUGCUAGUAAACGUCACUGGAGGACAGAUAGUCAGUUCUUCUUUGUUGCUCAGUAAACAGUUGAUACACGUGGCUUACUGGAAGGAAGGAGACAAUCUGCUGGUGAUCGGCCUUCCUGCUGACAGGGUGCCACUGUUGCAUCUACAAACUGUUAUGGAAGGAGUAGUGCGAACUCUCCGGGUCAUGUAUGGCUCUCUGGACAGUGCCUUCAGUGAGGUGGAGAACACUUCUCGACUGGAUCAUUUCUUCUGUCUGUUCUUCCAGAGGCUUAUCCAACCAUCUCAGUUAUGUGACAGCACCUGCUCCUCCCUCAAAGACCUGUCUGAGACCCUCUUCCUGGAUGGCUUACCUGCUGUACGCUGGCUUACUUUACCACCAGACAUUAAGGUGGAGGUGGAUACUGUUCUGUCUGACUUCGAGUCAUCAGAUUUUGGUGACAUGUCAGAAGACUUCUAUGGCAUGAGGCGUCUGUAUGUAAUCUUGGGUUCCUGUCUCUUCUACAAGGGUUAUCUGAUAGCGAACCACCUCCCAAAGGAGGACCUGUUGGAAGUGUGUCUGUACUGCCAACACUACAGUCUGUUGACGCUUGGUGCAGAGCAGCGUGUGGGUCAGCUGGUGGUGUGGAGGGAGGUGUUUCCUCAGCACCACACACAACCGACCCCCAGCACCUUUCAUUCUACCUCCCGUCUGGGCUACUGUGAGCCCCACAGCCGCUACUUUCUUCUCAUUGUAGGCCUGAAACACUUUAUGCAGUGUGUGUUACUGGAGGCCGGCGGAUGUGCGUCUCCCGCUCUUGGAUCUCCGGGUCCGGACUGCAUCUACGUUGACCAGGUCAAAGCGACUCUUAUGCAGCUUGAGAGUAUCAGCUCAGCUUUUGAAGAACGUCUCGCCGCUCCCUCUAUCCCCUGUCUGUCCUGCGCUGACUGGUUUCUACCUCAUGCUGGGCGGGAUCGGCAGGACAGGAUCGGCAGCUCACCCAUCCUCAACCGGUUAACCGCAGCGAUCAAGCCUCCUUCUCCCGGAACGAUCGGUCGAAGUCUGUUUGGAGAGGCCGGGUCUGGGCUGAAGGGCAGGAAGCCAAGCCCGCAGAGGAAUGCAUCAGACAGUGGGAGUGAAGGCAGGGGUGAGCAGGGUGAGGCUGGGCAGAGGGUGCCACUUGCUGGAACACGCAGGGACUCACUGGGGUCUGGAGGUUCGGACGGUAGCGGUGGCAGUGGAGGACUGUUCAAGGUACCCAGACUUAAGCAGCAGAACCCGUUCUAUCUCGGUUCAUUGAGAAAAAGUCUGACUAACAGAGAGAGCGAGGAGAUGCAGAACACACUGAAGCUUACAGCGGGUUUGGAGAACACUCUCUUUCACUACGUUUUAAUGGAGACGGUGCAGGGCAUCUUUAUUGCACCAACACACAGAGAAAUAUCCCAGCUCAACGGCUCCAUCCACCCUCAGCUCAUCCGGAAUUUUCACCACUGCUGCCUUUCCAUACGCCACGCCUUCCAGCAGAGCCUGUCUCCACAGCAGAAGCAACAAGGAGCUGAAAGGCCACCUUCUUCUGGAGGUCUUGGUCCAAUCAAAGAACACGGCAUUUUGUUCCAGUGUAAACCUGAGAACUGGACCGACCAGAAGAAACCUCCACCAACCAUGAACUACUGGGUUAUUGGGCGGAUGGUGUUAGAACCUGUUCCUCAGGAGUUCUACGUGUGUUUCCAUGAUUCAGUACCAGAAGUGCCUGUUGAGAUGGCCUUUAGACUCUCAUUCGGCCUGACCAUGUAAAGGAUUCUCAGACUGAUAUGGAAAUUAUGUUGGGUUGAAGUAAAAGACAUGCAGCACGUCCAAUUUCGUCCCAUCUAUCAUCCUCUCAUUACUGCGGAUUCCUGCUCCUGAUUGGGGCUGACGAGGCCGUUCCACGCCUCCUCCGAAAUGUGCACAGUGGGUCUUAUCACCCACACUUGACGAGUGCAGCGUGGCAGAGUACCGUGCACGGAGGAUCACACACUCCGCCACACCCCCUCCCGUCUCCAUACAGGCGCCACCAACCAGCCAGCAGAGGGCGCAACCGCCCCGUACCUGAGAGAGCAUCCCCUACGGUCUCAAGUCCCGCCCCCCACCCGGACAACAGGCCAAUCGUUGUCCAUAGCCGCCCAGCCUCGACCGUGAAGGCAGAGCUGGAUUCGAAACGACGCUUCUUCGAAAUCCAGACGCUCCUUCGAAAUCCAGCUCUGGUUGCAUCGCGUGUCUUUUACCGCUGCGCCACCUGAGCGGCCCGCCAAAUGUUUUUAAUGCUGAUUUCAUUUAAUGAGGGAAAAUGCUGUUCAGCUGUUCAGAGAGAUAUAGGUUUCGUACAAGUCUUGAUAUUUUAACACAUGAAAUGUUCAUUUAAAACAGUAUUAUGUUGUUUUUAUCUCAUAAUAAAAUGAUUUGGAAUAUCUAAAACAUUUAAAUGUGACAAAUUAGCAAAAAAUGUAAGAUAUCAGGUCAGGGACAAAUACUUUUUAACAGUGCUGAAUAUACAUUUUACUAUGCAUUAAGUGGCCUUUAUAAUGCUGGACCAAAUACAGUAAACUUUAUGAGCAUAACUAUGCACAUGCUGCUGACAUUAUAAAACUUUAUAUGGACCAACUUUAACAUUCAUUUGUAUGAUUGGAAGAGAUCAUUAAUAUGGAAGAAGAUUUAUUUAAGAUGCACCAG